CACCUCGUAACACUGCAGUAAAACGAGUCGUACCAGCUGCAUCGCAAGAUAUUUGAUUGGUUAUAGCAGCUAACACGGAUUUCCGAACAAAAUAACCAGCGUUGCAUUUUGCCGAGAAUUGCGCCAUUGUCAUUUCUACAUGCGGAGUACCAAAAGAUCUGCCAACAAAAACGCGGCGAUUCGGACGAAGAUGAUCGCGCAUCACCACUUCUUUGCACCAAUGUCCGCCCUCGCUACUGAACGCUCCGUUGCCAUUCAAGCUGUGCUGCAAGCCAGCAAAGUAUGCCAGUCCGUUUUUCAACACCUUGUUGCCAACGAAACUCUGACAAAGAACGACAAGUCGCCUGUCACUGUUGCCGAUUUCUCGGCUCAGGCCAUCAUCAACACUUAUUUGCACAAGGCAUUUCCCGAAGAUCCCAUUGUCGGUGAAGAAGAUUCCAAAGAUCUGCGUGACGAUGCCGGUAAAGUGCUCCGCGAAAAGGUUCACUCACUGACUAACGGUGUCUUGGAUGACUCUGAGAAGCUCUCUGAAGAACAGAUUCUGCAAGCAAUUGAUCGUGGCAACUAUGCUGGUGGCGCCAAAGGACGUCACUGGGCAUUGGAUCCCAUUGAUGGCACAAAGGGCUUUUUGCGCGGCGGACAAUACGCUGUUUGCUUGGCAUUAAUCGUUGAUGGCCAAGUCCAAUUGGGUGUGAUGGGCACUCCCAAUCUUCCUGUUGACCCUGCCAAGCCUGACGGUGAAAAGGGCACCUUGUUCAUCACUGUACGCGGCGAAGGCGCCUUCCAACGUUCGUUCAGCAACCCUGCCGAGACCAAGAUUCACUUUGCCGAUAUUUCCACAACCGAAGAAGCCACGUUCUGUGAAUCUGUUGAAGCCGGCCAUUCGUCGCACGGCGAUGCUGCUGAGAUUGCCAAGCUGUUGGGUAUUACGCGCCCAGCCGUCCGCAUGGACAGCCAGGCUAAGUACUGCUCCAUUUCCCGUGGUGAUGGUGACAUCUACCUCCGCUUGCCUACGAGCAAGACCUACGUCGAAAAGAUCUGGGAUCACGCUUCUGGCUCCUUGUUGGUGACUGAGGCUGGUGGUAAGGUGACCGAUGUCAAUGGAAAGCCUUUGGACUUCUCCAUUGGUCGUACUUUGGAGAGCAACAAGGGUGUUAUUGCUGCCAACGCCAAGAUCUUUGACCGCGUUUUGGAGUCAGUGCAGAAGGUGCUUAGCAGCAAGUUGUAAAAUUAUAUAUUCUUUCAUGAUCCAUCCGUUAUAUGUAUAAAUAAAAAGUCUACUAGUACUAUAUCUAUAUGUAUGAAAACAA